UUCUCAGCAUUUAGGUGUUAAUGUUUUAUCGAUUUAAGAAACAUGCCAUCCAAAAUUCUGAUCUCCAUGUUGUUUUCCCGCAAACCAAACCAUCACUUCUAUUGGAUUCACCGCUGUGCUUUAAAUAAUUGAAGGGUAUUUGGAUGCUUUAGACAGUAUCACUACAUCGUUUACCGUCUGCGGGUUGAAUCAAGCGUCUGCCAUGAAGGAAUGUACCAUUCUUAUUGUUGUGUUUGGGACAAUCCUCAAAUCCAACUGCCAAAGUACUCAAGAAACAACAAACAAUACAGGUUACCCGGACAUGCCCGAGGAGCUGUUAUUGCAGACGCUGUUCCAGAAGUACAAUAAAAAUGCCCGACCGGCAACGGUCCGUAUGCCUGUAGUUAACAUCGACCACAGCAUGGACCUCAUCCGUAUCAACAGCUUUAGUUUUGAUACGCUGAAGACGGACGUGUGGGUGACGAUGCGAUGGCACGACCCCCGUCUGGUUUGGAUGCCAAACAGUUACUUUGGUCUGACGUCAUUUAGCAUCACCCCAGACAUGGUCUGGACCCCAGAUGUGACGUUAUAUAACGGAGUCGGUGAAAUCCAAAAAGCUGAUCUCUCCCGAAGAAUUGUUGUCAACAACAACGGAAUGGUGCUCUGGCUUUUUCCCGCGCAGCUCGAGAGCACGUGCGUCACUAGAAAUGAAAAUGGCGAACAUGUCUGUCGCUUGAAGUUUGGUUCAUGGACCUACAAUGGCCUACAAUUAAAUCUUACUCACUCGGACAAUCAGUUGGGAAUGUCAAACUAUUACCCUAAUCCUGACUGGGAAAUCACAAGCACUAACUCGUUGCGAAACGUGAUGAAAUACGCGUGUUGUCCGGAACCUUACCCAGACAUCUCCUAUCAGCUGUCCUUCAAAGGGGCAAUGAAGGGAUAGAUCAACAUACACAGAACAUGGACAAAACCUUUUUUUAUUACUCUAAAAUAUCAAACUAAAUCUGUCAACUAAUGCAGUUCGUUCCAAUGUAUUUGUUGUCUUCCAACUUUACUGUGUAUUGCAAUAUAUUGGAAAGUUGGUUGAAUGCUCCACAGCUUUACAUGUAAAUUGCACUUUUUGUUGGAAGUUUUGUUACGCAAACUUUGAUACAAAUGCAACUUAAAACAUUUGC